AUGCCCUCCGCCAUAGACCAAGAGGAUGACUUAUGGAUAGCUAUCAAACAAAUAUCCCAGUCUUCCGUGGGGUCGGACUAUAUCGACCAGUUGAUUCCCAUAAUGAAGGAUGCCCGUUACUCGAACCAACUGCAAAUCACAUUUGACCGAUAUGCCAAUGAUCGCGAAAGUGAGAUUGAGCGGAUAUGUAAUGCAAAUCACCAGGAUUUUGUCAGCUCGGUGGAUUCGCUUCUUAGAAUUCGUGACCAGACCGUCCAGAUGAGUGGGGAGAUUUUGCAGCUGAAUGAAUCGAUACAAGAGAGUAUUGAGAAGCUGGCCGAGCAGAAAAAAGCACUGGUGGACUCGCGGGGUGUGAGACAGAACAUUAAUGAAGCGACUCAGGCGUUGACCGCCUGUCUGAAUGUGUUGCGAAUCGCCAACCAGGUCCAGGAUAUGCUGAGGGAAAAGAACUACUACGCCGCUUUACGAGCACUUGAUGAGCUUCAGACGAUUCAUUUGAAGGAGAUUAGCCGGUUCAAGAUUGCAAACUUGAUUGAAAAGUCGAUCCCGCAAACCCAGGAACAGAUUAGAGAAGCAGUCAAGAACGACUUGAGCACGUGGCUCUACCGAAUUCGCGAGUCUGCGCAAUUCCUGGGCGAAGUUUCUUUCUACUAUACUGACGUACGGAGAACGCGCAACCAAGAGCGGGCCGAGACAGAUCCGCGAUUUCAAAAAUUCAAGUUGAAUUCAGCGAUUGAGCUUGUCGCUGAUGAGACGGAUGAAUUUGAUGUCCUCAACAACGAGGAGGCCGGAAACGAGACCGACUUCUCGCCGUUGUUCGAGGCCAUGCAUAUCAACGAAACUCUUGGCAAGAGCGACCAAUUUCGAGCAGAGUAUGCAUCGGAUCGACGGACACAGAAGGACCUAAUCAUACCGAACAAGCUUGAUCUGCUAGAUGAGGAGUGUAGCGAUUUGAGCAGCUUGCUUGAGAGUAUCGCGGGUUACGCAAUCAUUGAGAAAGCCACCAUGUCGAAAACGCUGAAUCUUCGAUCGCAGGCUGAUGUCGAUGAACUAUGGGAUUCCAUGUGUCAAAGCGCGAUAAAUCUCAUUACCAGUCAACUACAUACAGUAGACAACGAUGAAUUGCUACUUAAGAUCAAGGGCCGCAUUGCACUCUUCAUGUUGACCAUGGAGAAAUGGGGCUACUCCGUCUCGGCAAUGAACGACCUCCUCCUAACGCUCUUCUCCAAGUAUUCUGCUCUCCUCAAACACCGUUUCAGCGAAGACUUUCUGGAAAUUGUCCACACCGACGACUACAUGCCCAUGCCUAUCAACUCGGCCGAAGAAUACGACAAGGUCGUCUCUGUAUCGUGGUACAACCCGCCGAACAACAACGAGCAAAUCACAUUCCCCUGUGUGUUGCCAUUCAGUCAAAUGUAUCCUCUCUGCUGCAUCGACAUUCGAAAUUUCCUAAACCAAAUCUACCUCUUCAGCGACGACUACUUCCAAAAGAGCAGCGUAAUCGACGAAACCCUGCGAACAAGUCUCGACGAACUCCUCUGCGAAAAAGUCUGUGGCAGUCUUGUCGAGCGCCUAAGCAGCCAAUACCCCGGCCAAAUCGUACAAAUUCUAACCAACCUCGAACAUUUCGAAAACGCAUGCAUCGAACUGCAAGACCUACUCUUCCAAGCACGCUCCUCCCCAUCCGCAACCGGCCCCAUUGUUCUUGCCGCAACCGACCGUUUCGCAAAAGCGAAGAACACAGCCUCCAACCGCGUCUUCGAGCUCGUAAACAGCAAAAUCGACGACCUCAUCGAAACUGCAGAGUACGACUGGAUGGCGGCGAAACCGGAGAAUGAACCUUCAACUUACAUGCUCGAACUGACGAGAUACCUCUCAAACAUCAUGUCUUCUGUUCUUCUCGCCCUGCCUAUGGAUAUCAAAGAAUUCAUCUACUUCGAUGCGCUGAGUCAUGCUUCCACUGCUAUCCUCGACUUGCCGCUUGCCUCGCACAUCAAGCGCAUAUCGCCCGCCGCUGUGGCUACUUUGGCGGCCGACACGGCAUUCCUGUCGCAGUUCGUGUCGAGUCUGAAUAACCCGAUUCUGAUGGAGAACUUGGAUGAGUUGACGCAGACGGUGGCGCUCAUGGGCACAGACAAUAGCGAGGAGUUUUUCGAUAUCGCGCAAAGGAACAAGAAGUAUAGCAAGGUUGAUCAGAUGAAGGGCGCGAUUUUGCUGGAGAAGGUGCAAGAAGGUGCGCAGGUUGUGGCGCAGAGCCCGAAGGUGGAGGGAAAGGACAGGUUUGGUACGUUGGGGUCGAGGUUUGGUAUUAGAUAG